AGAGAGACUCCAGCGCACGGGAGGAGAAGCGGGGGAGCUGCAGCGACCCAUCAGCUGAGUCUCACCCACAGAUGAGCCACCACGGACCCGGUCGCAGACCCGGCCGUGCGCUGGGCACCCGGGCUAGCGCGCAUGCAUUUGUGCCCCAUGCUCUAACGCACAACUCCACAGACUUUAUUAUUUCUCUUCCUCCCGGGGCUUCUGCAGAUCACCGCCACCAUCAUGUGCUGGGCAAAGUCAGGGCCUUGGGGUUUACUUCGACAGCCUGAACGAAACAACCUGCCCGUGUCUCCGGCGGGACCUGGUGUCGGGCCGGGUGGUGGUGGAGGUCGCCGGGGAUGUGCGGGGAAGAGCUUGGAAUAACGGCGAGAGGAGUCGCCAAGGUCCGCUGGACGGAGUCGAGGAACGCCGGAGCCAACACGGCUUACACCCAGAACUACACCGAGGAGGUGGAGUACCUGCACCAUACGACACCCUGAUCGGAGAGGAGAGAGACGAGGAGUGUCCGGAGGAAGGUCUGACUGUUCUGCACACCGGCUUACACGAGUUUGCUUUCAGUUUCAACCUGCCUCAGAUGGCCCUCGCCACUUCCUUUGAAGGGAAGCACGGCAGCGUGAGGUACUGGGUGAAAGCCGAACUGCACCGUCCCUGGCUGCUCCCCGUCAAAGUGAAGAAAGAGUUCAUUGUGUUCGAGCACAUCGACAUCAACACGCCGCUGCUGCUGGCUCCUCAGGCCGGUACCAAGGAGAAAACUCUGUGCUGCUGGUUCUGUGCUUCGGGUCCGAUCUCCCUCAGUGCCAAGAUAGAGCGAAAGGGCUACACUCCAGGUGAGUCGAUCCAGAUCUUUGCCGAGGUGGAGAACUGUUCGUCCCGCGUCGUGGUGCCGAAGGCGGCUCUGUACCAGACCCAGACCUUCUUCGCAAAGGGCAAAGGCAAGCAGAUCCAGCAGCUGGUGUCCAACCUGAGGGGGGACCCGCUGCCUCAGGGGAAGAGCCAGAGCUGGGAGGGCAAACUGCUCAAGAUCCCCCCGGUGUCCCCCUCCAUCCUGGACUGCCCCAUCAUCAGAGUGGAGUACGCCCUCGUGGUGUACGUGGACGUUCCCGGCGGGUUGAAUCUGUCUCUGUCGUUGCCGUUGGUGAUCGGGACCAUACCGCUGCACACCUGCGCCACCCGGACCUCCAGCAUCAGCAGCAACUGCAGCACGCUGAGCUGGCUGGGCCUGCAGGAGAGGCCGGAGGCGCCGCCGAAUUACAGCGACCUGGCGAUAUCCGAGUCUCAGAGACGGGACUGUCUGCGGGGCUGCGAUCGGUCGGACGGGGAGGCAGAGGACCAGGGAUCUCUGCUGACCUACAUCACAGAGUUCAGAUAUCUGCCGCCGCCGCUCUACUCAGAGGUCGACCCUUACCCCGACCCCGUGGAGGUGUGCGGGGCCGCGGACGUCAGGAGACCCGACACGUGUCCGUCCCGCUGAGGCUUCUGCACAAACACGACGCCGUCACCCUCAGCUCCAGGCCCUACACAGCCAGCUUCUCACCAGAUUAUAUAUCACCAUAAACACGGCCAGACCCUCCCCGACCCCGGGAGCGUCAGCUGACAGAGUAUUCGGUGACCAUUGACACAUGGACCAGGGAUUUCGAGGCAUGCCGGAUCCUCUCCGACGCCACUGUAUGACUCUGAUGAGGCAGAAAACAAAGAUGGCUCCCGAGCGGUCAGAGGACGCCUCCUUCUGCCUCACAGUGAAUUUUGCACAUACCGUUAUUACUGUUUUUCUAUUGGUGGGUUUUAUAUUCUGCAGAUUGCCGCAGGCCUAUAUGCUACAGUAGAUUCUGUCCUCUUUAACCUAAAUGGCACAUUUAAAACAGGACAAAAGCUAUCUUUGGUUAAAGUUUGAGCUCCGGACUUCAGGUGGUCUCCUCCUGCAAAACAAAGCAACACAGAGGAGACAGAUAAUAAAAAAGAUGUUUCUGAUAAAUACGACCACCUCGAGCACUUAAACUAAAGCUCAAAUUGUGUGUGAAUGUGUG